AUGAAAAAGAAUGAUUCAACAACAUUUGUCAAUCAGGCUGUCGCCGCUUCCCGUGCUUCUCCUGUUACUGAAACAGCCCCGCUCCUCCCUUCUGUGUCCUUCCAGUCUAGUGUGCAAUCUUCCGAGGCUACCAAGAGUAAGGAGAAAGAACAUUUGAAGAAUGAAUUAUCUUUACAGCGGAUGAAAGCUUUAUUUGAAAGUCAGAGAGUCUUAGAGAUGGAGCGAAAGCUUUUUGUAACUGAAAAGCAACUUAAAGCUUGUCAGAGUGAGAACAUAAAUUUGAGUGUGCUAUUAGAUGAACUGAAAAUCAAAUAUGAACCAGAAGAAUUAAUGGGCCAACUGAUCAGCCUCAAGAAGGAUGAAAAGGAUGGGUCUUCAGACAGCUUCAAUAUCAGUAAUUCUUUGUGUGAUUCUUCUCAUUUGCCAUUUCAAAACAAGGAACUGGCUAAAGAAACUAAGGCUGAUCUCAAAACUACCCUUCAAAUUAAGUCCAUGAAUAAUGUUCCUUUUCCACCAAUAGAGCAAAGAGAAAAGAAGACCGUGAAAUUUGAGGAGAAAAACUUUGACAGGACAGCUAUAAAUAAGGAAAUUGGGAAUGAUGCAGGAUUGCUUCAGAACACCAGGUUAACUUCUGGCCCUGGUUUAAAGAUUGAAGAAAAUCAUCUUGGUGCAGCUGAAGAUAUAUCCAAGCACAAGGAGAAAACCAAAAAGAAUGUUUAUCCCAUAACAUUUGUAUCUUCCAAGCAAACCCUUGAAAAUCAAUGCACUCAACAAUGA